GAUGCUCCGGUGCUCCCCCCUAAGUGAAGUUGAGGGGUCAUAUUGAUUUUUUUUUUUUUAAAGCGUUGGGCUAGCCCGAACCCAUAUCCAGCCCGUGUAUACCCAUAUGUAUGGAUACGGUAUAUGUACGUGACGUUUUAAAAAAAAAAGGUGAUCACGUGAGCAGUUAAUUAAGAUCUAAUCCGCUUUAAACUCGCCGAUCGUCGUGCAUGUGUCUUCUGUUGCCGCGAUCGUCGUGAGAAGAAGUUGUACUCCUCCGUCGUCGGAAACCCUAGCGCGAGCACGAGUUGGUGGUGGUAGGGUUGAUCUUCCUCUCGGGAGGGAUCGAUCUGCCGCCGGCGCGCCGGCCGUCUCCGCCGUCGUGCACGUCCCCUUCUGUUGCCGCGAUCGCCGUGAGCAUUUUACUCCUAGUUGGAACCCUAGCGCGAGCCCGACGCAUCAACCGAGCUGGUGGGGGUAGGGUUCCUCUUCCUCCCGGGUGGGAUCUGCCGCUGGCGCGCCGGCCGUCUCCGCCGUCGCCGUUGAUCGCUCCAACCAGAUAAGUGUUGGCGAGCGCGGCUAGGGUUAGGGCCGGCUCCUCUUGCCCUUGAGCGUGGCCUAGCGGCUUCUUCCUCCUCGGACGCAUCGAUCGACCCCUGUGGUGGGUGUAGAUUUACUCCGGCCGGCGCAUCGAUCGAUUGGUAGGUACGUACAUGAUAACUCACCUCUUGUUGGGUCAUUUUAACUUGUGAAAGAAUUUGAUGCGGAUGUACUGAAUUUGAGAUUUUUGUUGUAGCUAGGAAAUGGAUGAGACGAUGUCUGUUGUUUGUGAGGUAGAGAAUGUUCCUGGAAUUGGAGUUGAUGGAGAUGAGUCAGAUAAUUCUAGAACGGGGCUUGGUAAUGAAUCUUUGUCAGGGAGGGAGAAUAUUUUCGUUGGUUCAAGGUCAGAUAAUUCCAUGAGCUCAGAGCAUGGGAUGGAAGCAAUUAUUAAUAUGGACGACAUUGACAAUGAUUAUGAGAGAGAUAUUAGUGAUGAUGUUGAGUUGGAUGAAAACAGCAAUGAGGAAAUAUUUGGACUUGAAAAUGUGUAUGACUAUUAUGGUGAAUCCGACAUGGAGAAUUGUUUUUAUGAUGAGUCAGCAGUUGGCAAACAUUAUGUGGAAGCAAAGCCGUCGAAUAGCAAUGAGUCCCAUGUUGAUGAUGGUGAUGACGCGAACCUCAGUCAAGCUUGUCGAGCGAGAGGAUACGAUAGAGUUGUACAUGAUGAUAAAGGAGAUGACUUUUCCUAG